GUUAAUCGUCGAGAUCCAUUUGUGGAGUACAUAGAUGGAGACCGCUUUUCUUUGGAUACUUAGCGCUCGGUUACCUCCCGCUCCUUCCGUAGCGCCGCCGGCUGGCUCGCUGGCACCUUGGAUACCCAAAUUCACGUCAUCGCACGAGACCUCGGGCCAAAUCCACAAACGAGAUAUAUCAUACCAGUACCACCACCACUGUACUACCUCCACUCUCCCGUCCACCACUCACACAACACACAACACGAUACGCAGCAAUGGCGACACUAAGCACGUCCUUCUCGCCGUCGUCGCAGACGCCGGCAAUAAUCAUCCCCAUGGGGACCGGCGGCGCGGGCACCGAGAUAAGCUAUGCUCAACUGCAGCAGCACAUUUCGAGCUUCCAGCGGCGACUCGCGUCGAUCGGCAUCUCCGCGCACUCUGCCGUCUCGGUCGCGCUGCCCAACACCUUGGAAUUCAUCGUGUCGUUCCUUGCGGUCGCGGCGCAGCGCGCCAUCGCCGCUCCCCUGAAUCCCGCGUACAAGCAGGCCGAGUUCGAGUUCUUCAUCGACGAUAUCAAGAGCAAGCUUAUUAUUGUCCCCCGUGGCGCCGUAGAGGCGGAUGCGCCGGCGGUGCGCGCGGCGCGGAAGUUCGGGGCUGGCGUGGCGGAGAUUUGGUGGGAUGGGGCGAAGGGCGAGGUGGUGAUGGAUCUCAAGGUCUGGGGCGGAUUGGGAGGCGCUGUGCAGCUGGAGACCGCGCAGGAGGAGGAUGUGGCGCUGGUGUUGCAUACGAGCGGGACUACGGGGAGACCGAAGGCCGUGCCGUUGACACAUAAGAAUCUGACCAGGACUAUGGAGAAUAUCACGCGCACCUACCAGCUCACGCCUAGCGACAGGACCUACUUGGUGAUGCCACUGUUCCAUGUCCACGGGCUGCUCGCCGGCUUCCUUGCGCCCCUAGCCUCCGGUGGCACAGUAAUCGUCCCACCAAAGUUCUCGGCGUCAACAUUCUGGAUCGACUUUCGCACGCACAAGGCAAAUUGGUACACGGCGGUGCCGACGAUCCACCAGAUUCUCCUGAAGUCACCGCUGCCUACGCCAAUCCCAGAGAUCAGAUUCAUCCGCUCGUGCUCAUCGCCGCUGUCACCGACUACAUUCCACGCCCUCGAGGAAGCACUGAAGGCACCCGUCCUGGAGGCCUAUGCGAUGACCGAGGCAGCCCACCAAAUGACGUCCAACCCCCUUCCUCCCGCGAAGAGAAAGCCGGGAACAGUCGGAGUGGGCCAGGGCGUGGACGUUGCCAUCCUCGACGAUGCGGGCAACGAGCUGCCGCAGGGCAAGGAGGGCGAGAUCUGUAUCCGCGGCGUGAACGUCACCAAGGGAUACAUCAAUAACCCAUCGGCCAACGCCUCCUCCUUCACGAAAUCCGGCUACUUCCGCACCGGCGACCAGGGAAAGAUGGACGAAGAUGGAUAUGUCAUCAUCACCGGCAGGAUCAAGGAGCUAAUCAACCGCGGCGGAGAGAAGAUCUCGCCGAUUGAGGUGGACAACGCCAUCUCGGCGCAUCCGAAGGUCAGCGAGGCUGUCAGCUUCGCUAUCGAGAGUGAGAUGUAUGGCCAGGAGGUCGCUGCGGCAGUGGUUCUUAAGCCGGGACAGAACGCCAGCGCCGCGGAACUGAAGACCUUCGUCUCAGAGAAGCUCUCAAAGUUCAAGAUCCCCACUCAGUGGUUCUUUACUGAGCACAUGCCCAAGACGGCCACCGGGAAGAUUCAGAGACGCAUUGUCGCUGAGGAGAUGGCGAAGCUGCCGAAGGCGAAGUUGUAAACAUAGACUGUUUUUUGCGCGUGUAUUGUGUAUUGUGUAUUGUGUAUUGUGCAUUGUGUAAUAGAAUAUCUAUAUCAUGAGGAAUUGAAUUGUAUGAAAGGCUAUGGCA